AUGCCUAACCCCUUCAACCUCAACAACAUGUUCUAUGACUCAUGCCUGAAUAACUCUGGGCAAUUCAGAAACCAGUCACAAAUCUCCUCAACCUCAACCCUUGUCUCUUCCAUCACCUACAUAUUUGGCAAGCUCAAGGUCAAAGGCAUUGUUGUCUCUGACUCAUUCUAUCUCACUGACCAUUACUCUGCUGCUUAUAAAGACUUCUUUAGUAUGUGCAGUGGCACUCUAUGCAUCUACAAGUCAGGCUCUGUCAGGCCUGAAUGGGAGAAGACACUGUUUUGCCCACUCCUUAUGUGGAUCAGCAUGAAGCACAAGACUCUCCCUUUUGAUGCAGUGGUGGCUGCCACUGAUGAUAUCAAGCUUAUCCUCAGUCUAGCCAGCUUUUCUGACAUUGAGGUUGAUUUUUGCAAGUUGGAGGUGACCAACUCUAUUGCUGGCUCAAAGCUCCUCUCCUUCAACCUCCUCCUUGACCUCAUGUCUGAGUUUCACAAGCCUUUCAUGCUCAUGCUUGGCCUCUCCAUUGUCCCACCCAAGAUGCUCCACUACAAAGGCACCAGUGCCCUCUACUUCUGCCUCAGCAACAAUGAUGAAUGUGUUGUUUUUCUCACUGCUGCUUACAUCACUCACCCUCCUGCUGUAUAUACCUACACAGGCAUGUCACACCUGCACCCCAGACAGCUGGGUGAGUUUGUCAAGGGCAAGAAUGCAGUGGUUAUCAAUUUGUGCAAGUACACCCAGUAUGAGGUGGAGAAGGCAACAAGGAUGAUCAAUGACUUGAACAAGCUUCAUGAUGAGAUUACUAAAUGCAGGACAAAUCUAAACCUGUGCAUCAUCAGCUUCAUCCUCCAUGCUGAGCCCAUAGUUGUUAUCAGCAGACCCACUGAGUUUACACAUGACUGGGCCUUUAUCCAGAUUUACCACAAGAAGAUUGACUGGAGCACCUUCUCAAAAAACAACAUCUAUAUCAGUGGCAACCUCUCACCAUCUGACUUUGGCAAGUUCUUAUUCUUGCAGCUUAAGGACCAGGCAGGCUAUGAGUAUCUGGAUGAUAGGCUCCUCCAGGCCUCUGGCAUCAUGAAGGAUAAUGAGAUCCACCAGCUCCAGCACCUUAAUAUCCAUAGUGAGAAGGCAUUCCUUGUAGUGAAGAACAGCCUGACUAUAGGCACCAUCAUCAGUUGUGCUAACAGGCUUGAGUCUUUCACUUACAGCUAUGCAAUCUAUAGCACCAAGUACAUAUCCAUUGAGGUUGCCAUCCUGUCCUACACUGACAAUGGCAAGCUGUGUGGCCCCUUCUCUGCCCUCAGAGAUUUAUUCUAG